GCACUCACGGCUUGGAUCGACAAAGAUUGCAGCCAAUGAGGACGGUAAAGCGGGUAACAGCACCCAGUAAGACGACUGAGGAAGUGGCGACGCGGCGGCGCCUGGUCGGAGAAACUCCAGGAGGACUAAGAGAAUAACUUCUUCGCUUGUUCGUCGAACAGGAAGCGAAGAUGUCGGAACGGAAAGUUUUAAACAAAUACUACCCACCUGACUUUGACCCAUCGAAGAUCCCAAAACUCAAGCUACCCAAGGACCGGCAGUAUGUGGUGCGGCUGAUGGCCCCCUUCAACAUGAGAUGUAAGACGUGUGGAGAAUAUAUCUACAAGGGGAAGAAGUUCAAUGCACGGAAGGAAACAGUCCAGAAUGAGGCAUACCUGGGCCUGCCAAUCUUCCGAUUCUACAUCAAGUGCACUCGCUGCUUGGCGGAGAUCACCUUCAAGACAGACCCAGAGAACACGGACUACACCAUGGAGCACGGAGCCACACGCAACUUCCAGGCCGAGAAGCUUCUGGAGGAGGAAGAGAAGCGUGUGCAGAAGGAACGAGAGGAUGAGGAACUGAACAACCCCAUGAAGGUCCUAGAGAACCGUACAAAGGACUCUAAGCUGGAGAUGGACGUGCUGGAGAACCUGCAGGAGCUGAAGGACCUGAACCAGCGGCAGGCGCACGUGGACUUCGAGGCCAUGCUGCUGCAACACCGCCUGUCUCAGGAGCAGUGGCAACGGCAGCAGGAGGAGGAGGACGAGCGUGAGACCGCGGUCUUGCUGGAGGAGGCUCGCCAUCGAAGGCUUCUGGAGGACUCCGACUCAGAGGAUGAGACUCCAUCUUCCCGCCCACAGGCAGCUGCAAGACCCAACCCCACAGCCAUCCUCAAUGAGGUACCAAAGACCAAGAGGAGGGCAGAGGCCCUGUGCAGCAAAGCACAGUUGGCAGGCUUGGUUGUACCAAAGAAGGUAAAGACGGAAGCCAACGGGGGCUCGGAGCAGGUCCGGGUGCCCACCGCCGCAGGUGCCCCCGAGAGCAGGAAGGCGGCCAACCCUACACCCCAGACACCUGGUGCCUCCUCCCUGAGCCAGCUGGGUGCAUAUGGGGACAGCGAGGACAGUGACAGCUGAGCAUUAGUGAUGCCCAUCCCCACAGUGGCAUCACAGACCCUUGCAAGAAGUGAGGAGACGGGAUCAAGCAAACACCUUCAGCAAAGGCCUCGGACCAUGUCUGCCAUGGGUCCUGGCAGGGUGUGGAGCAGCGAUGUCCCCGAGCACCCAGGACAGACAGCCUGGUCCACUCCUUUCAGUCCUUGAGUUGUGUCGGCCGGUCCCUUCCUGCCACAGAUCUGAACACUGUCUGACAUGGGACAGGGAGCAGGGGCCCUGGGCACCACCUCCCAACCAUAUCCAAGGUGCAACACAGUAGUACUGUGAAAAGCAACUGAAAAACAGAAGUGUGGAGAGAACCUGCCUGGCUGCAGGGGCUGCACCAGAGCUUAAAACCUAGGGUUUCUGCCACACACCCCUGUGCCUGGCCCCUCAGCAUAUGUCUUUCAUUCAGAAUUUGGGAAUACAUCAGUCUGUUCUGAUACUGUAAGGAAAUAUUGAGGCUGAAUCUGUUAUGUAGAACAAAGUGAGCCAGGCACAGUGUGGCUGUGGAGGAGCAGGCUUGUGUAGCCACGCUCUCCACCUCACCAGUGCUGGGAUCAAAGACUGAACCACCAACCUGAUCUUAAACCUGAAAUGUUCAUGUUGGA